GCCACGCCUCAUCUCGCGAUAUUUUUUUCAGAGCGAAUAAAUACAGCAGCCGUUGCUUCGUUCACAUCAUCCGGUGAGGAAAGUGACGUUUGUGAGUUAUCUCUCGCCUUUAAUUCGAUUUCUGAGAGCAGAAAUGGCAGCAGCUGAAGUUAUGCCAAAUCAGAGUGUGGUGGAGAGGGUAACCAGCCUCCCUCUGGUGAGCUCCACCUACAGCCUGGUGUUCAGUGUGUAUUCAAACACCAAAGACAACCAUCCUUACAUCAGGAGUGUGUGUGAGGCUGCAGAGCAAGGGGUCCGCACCAUCACCUCUGUGGCCCUCACCACGGCCUCGCCCAUCAUCGGCAAGCUGGAACCUCAAAUUGCCAUUGCCAAUGACCUGGCCUGCAAAGGUUUGGACAAGAUUGAGAAAACUCUGCCAAUCCUCCAUCAGCCCUCUGACCAGAUUGUUUCCAGCGCCAAGGAUGUCGUAACCACCGCUAAGGAUGUUAUGACGGGAAAAGUCUCUGGCGCCAAGGGCACAGUCUCUGACACUCUGAGCACCGUGGUGGAAAAGACCCGGGGCGCGGUCCAGGACGGGAUGGAGAGGACCAGGGCUGCCGUCAGUGGGAGUGUGAGCACAAUGCUGGACAGCAGAGUGGUGCAGCUGGUCAGCAGCGGAGUGGACACGGCCCUCACUACGUCCGAGAGCCUGGUGGAGCAGUAUCUGCCUCUGUCAGAGGAGGAGCUUGAGCUGGAGGCUAAAGCCGUGAAAGGCUUCGAUAAUAAAGAGAGCUACUACGUCCGCCUGGGCUGCCUGUCCACCAAGCUGAGAAAGAGAGCGUACACCAGGGCCGUGGCCAGGAUACAGGAGGGCAAGGAGCGCAGCACGGGGUUCAUCUCUGAGCUCAACUCCACUGUUGACCUGAUUGAAUACGGCAGAAAGAACAUCAACAAUGCUAACCAGAUGGUGAACAACAAGCUGAACUCAAUGGUCCCGUGGAAAUCUGGUAGUCAGAGCCAGGAGAAUGGUCACCAUGCAGAGGUGAUUGAGUCUCGCACCUUGGCCCUCGCUCGUUCCCUCACCCAGCAGCUACAGACCACCUGCCUCGUUCUGGUCUCCAGCCUGAAGGGACUCCCCAACCACAUCCAGCAGGAGGCGCUGUCCCUCAGCCAUUCGGCAGCACAGGUGUACAACAGUUUCAGCCGAGCCAAGGCGCUGGGAGACCUGCCGGACAGCGUGUUAACCAGCUGCAGGGUCCAGCUGGGCAAGAUGAAGGAGUCCCUGGACAAUGUCAUGGAUUACCUGGUCAACAACACGCCGCUCAACUGGCUGGUCGGUCCUUUCUACCCGAGGAUGAGCAUUCACACCGAGUCGUCCGCAGCCAGCAGCAAACAACCAGAGAAUAGAAACGCCCCGUUCACUCAGCCGCAAACCGAGGAGCCUAUGGAGGUGGAGAUGGAGUCACUACAUUCCCAACAACAAUGCACUCCAGAUUCAGACAGCUGAAGUAAUUUUACUACAAAGUCCCUAAUUAGCACUAAAUGCUUGAUGUCUGAGUAUGGAGGUUAAGCAAACUGCACUGUUGCUUUUUUAUUCUUGCAGAAGUUUCCCUGUGAUCAUUUCACUCACAUGAAUGUCUUUAUUUUCAAGCCUUUGGAUUUAACUUGACUAAUGCUAAUCUGUUUAAGCCUUCAGAAAAUAAACUGGAACUAUGAA